AUUUAAAAGGUCUACAAGUUGAUCAGCAAUUGAAGGCAAGAACCCAGAAUGGCACAAGGAGAAGCCUUCAUGGAGUUGAAACAAGUUUUGGGCAUGAAGAGAGGAGAUGGAGAAAACAGCUACGUCAAGACUUCAUUACUCACGCAAAAAAUCGCAGCCAUGAGCAUGCCUAUGGUCGAUAGAGUGGUUCAAUCUCUCUUCCGAAGUCCUAAUCUUUUCUCUUGUGACGUACUCAACAUUGCAGAUUUGGCUUGCUCUUCUGGUCCAAACACGUUUCUAGUGAUGUCAACAAUGUUGCAGAGCAUAGCUAACAAGUGCAGUGAGCUCAAAAUCCAGAUACCAGAAAUUCAAUUUUACCUCACUGAUCUACCCUCUAAUGAUUUCAACACACUGUUCAAGGGUCUUUCUGUUUUCAGUCAAAAAUACGUCGAUCAGUAUUCUUGUUUCUUCGCAGCAGUUUCUGGUUCUUAUCAUGGCCGGAUUUUUCCUCGGAACAAGUUGCAUCUUGCUCAUUGCUCUUACGGACCACAUUGGUUCUCUAGGGUCCCCAGAAUUGUCACCGAAGGGGGAUUGCCUCUCAACAGGGGAAAUAUUUACAUAUCUAAAACGAGUCCUUUUGAGGUAAGGCAAGCAUAUCUUUCUCAAUUUCAAGAAGACUUCCUCUCCUUCUUGAAAUCCAGGUCUUUAGAGUUGGUACCUGACGGUCUAAUGCUUCUGGUACUCCCUGGACGGGAAUCCGAGGAUCCAACAUGCAUAAGCUUCUGCUACACAUGGGACGUUUUAUCCCAAGCCAUAGCUGAGUUGGUUAAACAGGGAUUGAUUGAAGAAGAGAAAUUAGACAGUUUCAACGUGCCACUCUACGCUCCAUGGCAAGAGGAAGUUCGAGAAGUAGUGGAGAAGGAGGGGUCUUUUACAACAGAGCAUCUCGAAACGAUGGCGAUGGAGAUUCGAGGCACGAGUUUAUGGCCAACACCGGAACACAGGGCGAAGGAUGCCAGGUCCUUUACGGAGUCAAUGAUUUCAGCGCAAUUUGGAGAAGAUGUAACAGACAAGCUAUACGAUAAGUUCAAAGAGAUUCAAGUUGCGAGUUGCAUGCAAGGAAGAGAACCAACACACGCCAUCAGCAUUGUCCUUGUGCUAAGGAAGAAAAUAACCUAAACCUAAGAAUCCACACUAUUAGUUUCUAAUAACCCGUUGGGUUUAAG